CCACUUGCCAAAGCUUUGCAGGAGACACUCGGAGCUUCUCGAGAAGCAGAGCGUGGAGCCGGCAUCCAGGAAAAACCAGCGACGCGAGGCAUUACGAGGAACAGCAGCUUCACAAUUCAAUUUCCCGGCAUUGCACCUUUCUUUCAACAGUUUGGGGUUUUUUUUGAAGUUCACGUUCACUUCCCCAAAUUAUUUUCACUGCCUCCUUAAGAAUUGAAAGUUGCCUAUUCAAGUAGAAGGCGGCCGGUUGUGAAUAGGAGAGAUUUUAACAACAGCGAAAAAGCCAAUAUGAAGCUAAGGAUGGUUGUGGUUUGUUAUGCAAAGGCCCAUUUUGGAAUCUGGGGUUGAUUAAAGCUUCUUUGCAAACCAGUGUUAGGGCAAAGAGAAGCUGGAGGAACAAAAGUAAUUCUUUCACACGUACACUGGGCAUUUCUCCUUUUUUUAAUAAGCUGAGAGGUCCUGGAUAAUUUUGUUAGAUCUUUACAGUGGAUUUUUCAACAAAGCAGCAUUUUUUUUUAGUUUUGGGGGAUGAAUCAAAGCAGUUAAAAAAAGGGAAAGACUGACACGAGUAGAAUGGUUUGUCUAAGGUAGCUGUUUGGCUUCGAAAAGGUUCUUUUAAGGCUGAAAUCUGGCGUUGGGUUCACCGUGCGUCUGAUUGGUGGAAGAGAACGAUGAAGAUUUUUCAGCACUUCGGCGAUCGCUUGUUCGGUCGUGCAGCUUGGAAGUGGCACAUUCAAGAUCCAGCAAGCCAGCGGUUGACAUGGAACAAACCUCCCAAAAGUGUCCUUGUGAUCAAAAAGAUCCGAGAUGCCAGCCUUCUGCAGCCCUUCAAAGACCUCUGCAUCUAUUUGACAGAGGUGAACAACAUGCUGGUUUACGUGGAGAAGAAAGUGCUGGAAGAUCCAGCCAUCAUGAACGAUGACAGUUUUGGGCCUGUGAAGAAGCGGUUUUGCACAUUCAGCGAAGAUUACGAUGACAUCUCGGAUCAGAUAGACUUUAUCAUCUGCCUGGGCGGAGAUGGGACAUUGCUGUAUGCUUCAUCGCUUUUUCCAAGGAGUGUCCCGCCAGUGAUGGCUUUCCAUUUGGGGUCCCUGGGCUUCCUCACCCCCUUCAAUUUUGAGAACUUUCAGUCUCAAGUCACCCAGGUAAUAGAAGGCAACGCAGCCCUGGUUCUCCGCAGCAGGCUGAAAGUGAAGGUUAUUAAGGAACACCGGGAGAAGAAGGCAGUGAUUCAGAAUGGGAUUGAGGAAAACGGGGUGGUGUCUUCCAGUCUGGAAAAGGAAAUGUUUAAACAAGCCAUUCAGUAUCUGGUCCUGAAUGAAGUGGUGGUGGACCGAGGUCCUUCUUCUUACCUUUCCAAUGUGGAUGUCUUCCUUGAUGGCCAUCUUAUUACCACUGUACAAGGAGAUGGCGUCAUUGUUUCCACGCCAACUGGCAGUACGGCGUACGCAGCGGCUGCGGGCGCAUCGAUGAUCCACCCAAACGUUCCUGCCAUCAUGAUUACCCCAAUCUGCCCUCAUUCCCUGUCCUUCCGGCCCAUUGUUGUUCCAGCUGGAGUGGACCUGAAGAUCAUGCUGUCUCCGGAUGCCAGGAACACCGCGUGGGUUUCGUUUGACGGGCGGAAGAGGCAGGAGAUCUGCCACGGGGACAGUAUCAGCAUCACAACUUCGUGCUAUCCGCUCCCUUCAAUCUGCUUCCAAGAUCCUGUGAGCGAUUGGUUUGAAAGCCUGGCCGAGUGUUUGCACUGGAACGUUCGGAAGAAGCAAAACCACUUUGCGGUCGACGAGGAAGAGGAGUUUUGAGUGUCGGGUAUGGGUUGAGCUCACCCUUGGAGGAGACAGCAAGAUGGGACUGUCCUUGUUUGUAUUUAAGUGUUUUAAGCCUGUAGCCGGAGUAGACCAACAUAAUGUGCUUCCCCCCCCCCCCUCUCUCUCUC